AUGAACAAAGAGCACAUCUUGACUGAUGUGGGGGUUCCAGUCCAGAGGCUUUGCUUUAUCCGUAAUAUGGCCAUUGGCGUUGGCGGUUUCCUCCAGGAUUCUAAUCGUAUUGUCAAGGCCCGAUAUUUUGAUUCGACACGGUUUCUUCCAAGCGCAAGCCUGUCCUCCAAACGUCUCCAAGUCGAAGUUCAACUGCUAGGCCCUGAUGACAUACUCUCAGCUGAGGUGGGGUCUGGUUGCGAGACCUCAUCCAGUGUUCCAGUUGAGUUACGCUCUCCGAUGCUCAUGUCAGAAAUUGGCCAUUGGGCUACGACUUCUCAGGCGGACCUCCCGCGUUACAUACGACAGUUGCAUAGCACUCACUCGCCAUAG